CGUCCGUCAUCCAAUCAGUUAACAGCAUGCUGGGUCACAUGACUCGCCGUUGAGCGCCCUCAUUCUGCUGUGAAGGGACGUAACCGCGCGUCCUGCGGGAGAAACUCCGAAACUUACGAUUCGCGCUGUCAGUGUCGCGUUUUCUCCCGUUCCAGCGCGUCAGAUAAGCGCCGCUCGGCCGCUUGAGCUCGGGGAGAGCCCCGCCGAAGCGAUCGAUCAUGCCGGUCCGUACCGACUGCUGUCAGGGCUCGCCGCUGGCCUGCUUGGCCUCGGCCUCUCUCGUUCCGCCCCCACCGAUCAAUACCCAGCAGCCCGGCGUCAACACCUCUCUGCUCUACAGCGGCUCCCAGUUCCGCGGCUACCAGAAGAGCAAAGGAAACUCCUAUGAUGUCGAGGUAGUUCUGCAGCACGUGACCAUGGAGGACUCGUACCUGUGUGGAUACCUCAAGAUCAAAGGUCUGACGGAGGAAUAUCCCACGCUUACUACAUUCUUUGCUGGGGAGAUCAUAAGCAAGAAACGGCCUUUUUUAACCAGGAAAUGGGAUGCGGAUGAGGAUGUCGACCGAAAACACUGGGGGAAGUUUCAAGCAUUUUAUCAGUACGCAAAAAGCUUUAAUUCGGAUGAUUUCGACUAUGAAGAACUAAAGAACAGUGACUACGUCUUCAUGCGGUGGAAGGAACAGUUCUUAGUUCCAGAUCACACAAUCAAAGAUAUCAGCGGUGCUUCCUUCGCUGGCUUCUACUACAUCUGUUUCCAGAAGUCUACAGCCACCAUAGAGGGCUACUACUACCACAGAAGCUCUGAAUGGUAUCAGUCUUUGAACCUCACACACGUCCCUGAACACAGCGCACCCAUCUACGAGUUCCGGUGACACUGAAGUCCUCGAGGUGAAUCUACAGCGGACAGAGGAAAUGGACAUGAGAGGACGAGAGGAACUGUGUAAUGAUUAUGCCCAGGACUCGGCUGUCCUCUCCCCUCAGUGAAAGAAUAACCGGAGGUGCAGAUGACGGAGGAAGGAACUCUUUCAGGAGACUCUCUACACAAGCCGAGCAAGCGAGUGGGAUUCGGGGAUUCGCAGCAGUAUUAGCGUUUUGUUUUUCCUUUUAUGUUUCGGAGUUUUUAACGCCUCUGUCCUCCGAUCAUCUUAGAAAACUAUUUUUAUCCUUAAGGUUUGGGGAUUAAAAUCACAGUUUUUCUUUGCCCUGCCUGGUUGGAAGAGCCAAUGGGGAUAUUUGUCUCAUUUUUUUUUUGCCUUGUAAUUUGAUAAAAGAGCAUGGCCAAUCUAGAAGUUUUGAAAUUUGUUUUAAUUUAUUUUUAAUCAUUCUGUAUGAAAAGACUGUGAGCGGGACGCUGUAUACAGACACUGGGACGUCUGUUGAAGACGUAUUAAAGAUACAGUGUGCGAUAUGAUGGA